AUGGGGCACGUGGUUUCUACAAAGGGGAUUCGAGUUGAUCCUCGAAAGAACAAGGCUAUGCUGGAUUGGAAACAGCCUAAGAAUGUAUCUGAGAUCCGUUGUUUUUUGGGUUUGGUGAGAUACUAUCAGCGUUUCAUUAAGGGGUUCUCUUUGAUUGUUGUACCGUUAACUAAGCUUCUGCGUAAGGGUGUAUCAUUUGUUUGGACUGAUACGCAGCAAUCGAGCUUUGAGAAGCUCAAAUUUAUUCUGACUCAGGCUCCUAUUCUGAUACAACCUAAAUCUGGAAGGGAGUUUGUAGUAUACAAUGAUGCGUCGCAUGUUGGAUUGGGUUGUGUUCUAAUGCAGAAUGGUAAGGUUGUGGCUUAUGCAUCCCAUUAG